AUGAGCUCCCCGCUGGCGCUUGCGCCCCCCGCGGAGUCGAGGCUUCGCGCGGUGCUUCUGCCGCUUGCUGUGGCGGUCGUUGGGGCAGGCUGCUUGGCACGCCUCUACCGCUGCUGCGUUCUUCGCGUGCAGCCGAGCUGUGUCACAAUUGUGUAUGAGACGCGCCGGAAGACCAUCUUGGCCACCUCCAUGGACAAGGAGCGGGGCGUGAAUGAGGGCGUGCUGCAGUACUACCACUUUCGCCCCCUCAUGUGUGUGGUUGGCCACUUUCUGUACAGCAGCAAAAGCCUCGUGGUCGUCCCGCCCUCCACCUUCUUUAGCGCCUUCACGUUACCGCGUGCCGUCGUUGAGGAGAACGGCGAGGGAAAGGCGGUGGACUGCACCGUGGAGGCCAUACAGGUAACGGACGGGUACGUUCGCAUGGUGCUCACGGUGCGCUACUGCAUUCCCUUUGAGCAGCUAGAGCGGUACCUGGCGGCUGUGGGGCCCACGCCGCCAAACGAGCGGAUUGCGGUGGCUACCGCCGCCGCCGCCAAGGCUCGCGCCUCUGAGCUGUCUGUUGGUUUAAUCAUCAACAAGGCGAUGCGGGAAGAAUCUUUCCUAGUUCCAUUCCGGGAUCAUCUUGCGUCUAAACUGAUGUCGGAGGCCUGCGUAAAGCUGCUAGAUGUCACGAUUGAGGGCGCCGAAAUCUGCGAGAGGUCUGCAGGCGUUUAG